AUGUCAUCGGAAACUGCCACGUCACCAUAUAAAACCAUGAUUUCUAUUCCUUUCAAGUGGGAAGAAGCACCCGGGAAGCCUAGGCGCUACCACACACAAUCGGAGCUCGAAAAUACCGUUAGAACAACGUUGGAACUUCCUCCGAGGUUGUUGUUUUUGGAGGCCAAGCUCGAUGAUCCUUCCCCGACAACGGUCUUAGAUGGGCCUUACGUGGGCCGGGCCAUGUCAUUCUCGUCUUCUUAUAGAACUCCAAGGGAAAACUGGAAUUCCAAUUUUGGGUCUAGUACGUGGAGUGGUUUCAAGAAGAUUAACAAAGAGGGAGAUGAGGGUAGUUUUGACUUUUCAGAUCAGACUAAGGUUAAGAUCCCACGCACUGCCAAAGGUGGAAGUCCAAUUUCUAAGGCCAAAUUACAUUUGUGGGCAAGCAUUUGUGACAGCUUGAAGCAAGUGGUCCCUUGGAAACGCAGAAAAGAAACACAGAGAAAGUGGGUUUCAAUAACCGACACACUUUAA